GCUAUACUCUAUCAAGACCCUCAGGCCACCACCUUCUUGAUUGAUAUUCCUGCAUCAAUCGCUCGCGCGCAGUCACUCUCCCCAUUUCAAUCAUCAGCGCUCUUGCCCUCCGCAAGGUCGCCUUCUACUCCUGAAAAUGACAAAGAUCGAAGACUUCUCUCAACGCCGCCACUGAGCGUGCCCUAUCCGACUCGUACGGAGCCGAAAACUGAUGCGGCCCGGGCAAGAGUUCUUGAAAGAAUCCCUCUUGCAGAGAGACUUCUGCAUUCAGAAAUCCUUGAACCCCUGGUAACGGAGGGGUUAUCCCAGAUACGCCGUGCGCUCGACUCGGGAUUUCCAUGGUGUCUUCCGCGGGUUGAGAUAGAUCCCAGCGCUCAGGACUUACCUCGCAAUAGGGACCUUGGUGACGAGGCUCCCCUCACGAAGAAGAGGAAGGGCACUACCGGGCGAACACGCAGCAAUCGCCCCGGGAAUGAGGGUGCUGCGAUGGAGCCGAUCACCUCUGCUUCUGCUGCCUCCACUGCACCAUGCGCUUCCCUCGACCCCCCGUUGAUCUUGUCUCCCGGCGUGAACCGCUUCAGCUGCAUGUCCGAACUGUCCAGCAUCGUGGUCCGGAAUACGUCGCUGGGAUCAGCCUCGGUGCACGCGACCUGUACGGUAGAUGUGGGGAAGACAGCGGACGAUACGCGAUGCUGUCACAGUGCACCUCAUCACCUAUCAUCAUGCCUUGUUCCUCACUCUUUCUACAUUCCGCCGCUCUCAAGCUUCCUUCAAUGCAGAAUCCCGAUCUCAACAGCCCCCGUCACGCACGCAGAGACCCCCAUCCCAGGUCUCCCUCACCACCGGAAAUUCAACCUCAUCCUGCUUGACCCACCCUGGGCCAACCGCUCGGUCCGUCGCAGCGGUCAUUACCACACUCAGACCUACCUUGACUGGGAACUGCUCACCCAGCGCAUUCGCAAUGUCCUGUCCGUCCAUCUGGCCGGCAGGCGUGGGAGCGCCCUCGCAGCCAUCUGGAUCACGAACUCAGGGAAAGCCCGCAAGACGGCCUACGACGCGAUACAGGGGGCCGGGCUGACGGUCUGCGAAGAGUGGGUGUGGGUGAAGACGACGACGGAGGGCGAGCCCAUCACGCCGGUGGGUGCGCUCUGGCGGAAGCCUUAUGAGAUCCUGGUGAUCGGAAGGAAGAGGGCAGAAAUAGGACCUCCUGCUUCUGCCUCUCGGGACGACGACGGCCAUCCCGCAGCAAAAGCCGGCGAGGAUGGCAUCACGCGAAGAGUUAUUGCGGCGGUGCCGGAUGUUCAUUCGCGAAAGCCGAAUUUGCGCGAGGUCUUUGAGCAAGUGUUCUUCUAUGACGAAAGUCCUCGAGACAAUGCCGAAAUGCGAUAUACGGCUUUGGAGGUAUUUGCUCGCAAUCUCACGGCGGGAUGGUGGGCGGUUGGGGAUGAAGCUCUGAAGUUCAAUGCGGAGCAAUGGUGGGUCGAG